ACGUCACACAGGCGAGUAAACAGUGGGGAGCGAGGGCGCGCGCGGGCUGAGGUUCCCGCGAGCGGCUUUGUGAAUGAACAAGUGAGUGAAGAAAAGAGGUGGUUGGGCGCGUGAAUAGUGAUGGAGCGAGGGCAGAGUGAGGAAUACCAGUACCUGCAGCACAUCCAGAACAUUCUGGAAACAGGCUCCCAGAAGAAUGAUCGCACCGGGACAGGCACCUUGUCCGUGUUCGGGCUACAGUCUCGGUACAGUCUGAGGGAUUCUUUUCCCCUCCUCACUACAAAACGAGUGUUCUGGAAAGGAAUUGUUGAAGAGCUGUUGUGGUUUAUCAAGGGCUCCACAAAUUCUAAGGAGUUGUCAGAAAAGGGAGUUAGAAUUUGGGAUGCCAAUGGAUCACGAGACUUUCUGGACAAGCAUGGAUUUUCAAACCGAGAGGAGGGCGAUUUGGGGCCUGUUUAUGGCUUCCAGUGGAGGCACUUUGGGGCUGAAUACAAGGACAUGCAUGCAGAUUACUCUGGUCAAGGAGUCGAUCAACUCCAGAAUGUAAUUGACACCAUUAGAAACAACCCAGAGGAUCGCAGAAUCAUUAUGUGUGCUUGGAACCCUAAAGAUGUUCCUCAUAUGGCUCUGCCUCCCUGUCAUGCUUUAUGUCAGUUCUAUGUGUGUAAUGGAGAGUUAUCCUGUCAGCAGUAUCAACGAUCAGGAGAUAUGGGCCUUGGUGUCCCAUUCAAUAUAGCCAGCUACUCAUUGCUGACGUACAUGAUUGCACACAUCACAGAACUGAAGCCUGGUGAUUUUAUACAUACAUUGGGUGAUGCUCAUGUUUACAACAAUCAUAUUGAGGCAUUGAAGAUUCAGGUAAAUAUACUUCAAUGA